AAUGAGGUUGCAUUGUUUCCUGUUUGUAACUGUAGAGCAGCCAGUUUUCAAAGUGCUGUGAUAAGACGUAACUAAGGCGAGGUAAAAAUAGACUACAGUGGAGCACACCUCACUGACUGAACACUGUGAUGCCCCGCAGCCUGAGAGCACUCGUGUCAGACAGACAACCUGUUUUGUUCAAGACGGCUGGAAUAUGUCAGGGUGUCAAUAUGAAGUGGUCGGUCUGGCGUUGGUGACUCUGGCCUUGUUGAUCUCUUUGUGCAUCAAUGUCAUCCUCUGCAUCAGACGGAAAGCCAUUUUGAGAGGAGAUGAGUGCUGCUACCCACACAUUCAUGAUACAGAAAGUACAUCACAUAAUGAAGGACAUUAUUUUCAUAACUUCAAUGAUGACGAGCCGCAGGAAAAUCACCACAAUCAUGACGAGCAGCAGGAAAAUCCGAUCUAUGGCAACAUUAAUGCAGAUAGAAGAGGUUCUGUAGAGGUUUGCUAUGAGAUGAUGACUGUGCAACACGCGAGAGAUCGCAUGAAGUCUGUAGACCCUGACCUGAAUUACGCCUCACUGGAUCUUAAAGUGGCAAACAAACACAAGAAGAAGAAUCGGCAUCAGCAAAGCCACGCUCAGGGACGAAACAAACUGCAAGAUCAGGUGCCUGUCCGCCUCACACCCCCUGUGAACGCUUUCUUGGAGGUGGAAGCAGACGUGGACGCUCAGCUUCCUUCCAGAGACACCAGCACCAUGGUUUCACACAGCAGCAUCUACCUGAACAGUCAGCAGAUAGCCCAAGAGACAGUGGACAUGGGAAGAGAAAGGGAGUUGGAGAACGCGGGUUGGGAAGACAGUGCAAGUAGAGAAUGGGAGGGAGAGGCAGAGAGCAUGGGAAGAAAAGAUAGACACGGUCGUAGUAAUGGGAGUGUACGUACUCAGCUGUUAGACGUAGAGGCCAUUCACAGUGUCACAGAUCAUUUCAUCAGCAGCUUUAACCACAACAGUGUCCAACAAGAUUAGGCAGACGUCGUGUUAAGACUGUUAUGUUACUUCAAACUGUUCAGAACCGAACCGGCAAUAAAAGCCACCAUCACUGUGCCUGCAAGAAUGAAAACAAUGUCACAUUCGAUAUUCAGAGAGCUUUGCAGUUGAGCAAUUUCCUCUGUGAUGCAACAAACUACCUCUUGAACUCUCCCCACUGAGCAACUGAGGAACAAAAGGUGCACGUCUCAGCGCAGAGGGUGUAAUAAAUGUAGAGAAUAUAAAGAGAAAAGGAAACUGUGCGUGUGACAUUUAGAGGUCAAGGGCUACGUGGAAAAAAUGUAAUGUAAAAAAUUUGCUGCCAAAGACGAGGAAAACAUCAAAUCAUCACAGGACACGGAAGAUCUUUCACUGUUUUGAUGUCUCAGACAGAAUCGACAGAUGUCUCAUAGAAAGGUGUGAAGGAAAAAGAACUCUUUACAUUUGUUUUCCACGCUGUGGGCGUUGACCAAGUCUCAGAGAUGGCUCUCUUGAUUAGGUGCACAUGCCUGAGCACACGUGAAUCUGUUUGUCAGGCAUGUUAUGACUGGAGAUCAAAUUAACAUAAAGAUCAAAUUAUGGUCAAGAAAGUAAAAAAGGAAGUUACUGUAAAAAAAACAUAUAUUUUCCCUGUGGGCACGUUGUUAUGUAAAUGCAACCCACGGAGGACUUUCCCCUUCAAAGCUAUGAAAAUGGUUAUUAGCUUUAUAAUCUACUGCACUUAUGAGCUAAUGUGGCGUCUGCUUAAAUGAUGAUUUUGCUCUCUGUAAUCCCCACUUGGGAAGGAUAAUUCACUGCCGCACUUUCCACUGAGGGGACGGAGCUCUGCAGUCAGAGGUCUACAGCCCACUAACUGUUUGUUGACAGUUUUUCAAUAGCUGACUGUGGCCUACUUCUGCUCUAUGGAUUAAUUUCUGGCUUCAGGCACUUUGGUUCUAACUGUUGCGCACACACAGAACAGGAAAGCAACGUAAAGGGACACUCACAAGUAACAGGGCACUGUUGUAACUGUUAAAUCUUGUUAUAAAAAACCUGCAAAUAUUCGUAUUACAAAAUAUGUAUUGCUUCAUUACUCCUGUGUAACGUUAAAGCUGUGAUUAGUAGCAUUUUAUUAAAUUAAUGAGUGUUUAACACACUGUAACAGUCUCUUCGAUACAUUUUUCAUUGCCGAUCAGCUGGAUUGCACAGGAUGUUUCCAUGGUUGCUUUAGGUGACAUAAUAAAAGGGAUACUUUUUUUCAUCUUUGUUCAAACAGAGUCAUCGUUCUUAAGGUUUCUUGCGAUGACAGACGGUGGAAUGAUGAAAGUCAAAAGGAAAAAUCUCUUUCCAAAAACACUGCAAUGAUACGAUAUGUUCACAGUUUGCAGUUCUGUCUCAAAACAACAGUCAGGUACUUGUGAACAUGGACAUGAACAGGUUUUGCAUACUGGAAUCACUGAUGUUUACUGGUGAUAAAAUAAUCCCUGAACAAAAUUCUUGUUCCAGUCCAUGUUAUGUGCAAAAAUAAGAUAUUUACCCAAAGCUAAUAUGCAGAUUCAGCAGUCUGAGCUGAAACAGAUCAAGUGGUUAUCUUACAUAGUUACUGUUUGUUCAAAACUAAAUCCCAUCUUUGCUUGACAGCUUUUUUUUUGUUUUUUUGGCUGAGCUGCAGUGGAGAAAAAUAUAAACUAAAAAGACUUGAUUUGUUAACUUCAGACUGCUGAAGUCUCUGAUUCUCUUUGGAGAAAUUUAAAAUUCAUUUUUACAUGACCCACAUCCCCCCAUCACUUGUAUUACAUUUAGUCAUUCAGCAGACGCUUUUAUGCAAAGCCACUUACAGAGAAGGGAACAACUGACAGUAUAUAGAAGAGAGCUCUUAUGAACAGGAGGAAUAAAUACAGCAAGCAAAAACUGUUCAUACGGGCACCACACCACUGUUCAGAAAAAAUAAGAAACCUAAUGUGUAGGCAUGCUCUUACAAGCCUGAAUGCGGCUCAGAAUGAUCAUCAAGUGAUACAUCUACAAUGUCAUGUGUCUAUUAUAAAAUAUUGUGGCUAUAAUGUACUUUUAAUAAACUACCCCUUUCUUCUUUA